AUGACGAUGGAUGCUCGGGCUUCUGUCCCUCAAGUUGCUCCCGCGGCUCCCGCGACUACCAGCAACAACACUGCUGCCUCCAAGCCCAAGCCCUGCUGCGUUUGCAAGGACGAAAAGGCCAAGCGCGACGAGUGCAUGCUCUUCUCUACGGCCAAGGACCCUGCUGCCGACUGCCAGUCCCUCGUCGGCCAGUACAAGACCUGCAUGGCCGGCUUCGGCUUCACAGUAUAA